ACAAACAGAGAAACAGUGUGUUCAAAGUUUAAUACAGUAUUACAUAUUAGGAAAUUUGGACUGAAACACCGAACACAAUAUUAGUGAAAAUGGCAACCAACAGGGUACUCUGCACUCUACUUGUGUUACUGUCAACAGUUUACGAAUCAUACAGCAUCCAGUGCUACUACUGCAACAGUGCGAACAACAGCGCGUGCAUCGACGUGAAGCAGUUCGACGAUGAGACGCGCGCGCGCAUCAUUCCGGUCGUCACGUGCGAGACUGUCAUCCCGAGUCCUGUUGCCGUGGACUUCUUCUGCAGGAAGAUUGUUCAGACCAUAUUCCACUCCCACCGGGACUCCGAGGUCCGCGUGACCAGAGGCUGCGGGUGGGUGCGGCACCACAAGGAGUGCUACCAGGCCAACAACCAGGACCACCUGGAGACGGUCUGCCAGUGCACCUCGGACUACUGCAACGGCGCUGAGGCGGCCGACCCUGCCACCGCCGUCGUUUGGUUCCUGGCGCUGGCUGCGUGCUUGUACUUAUAUCGUUGAGGAGUAUGGUUAAGUUCUUUUGAAGAGUGGAAGAUGAAUAGUCGACAGCAUAUCAGACCGUAUGCAUACACAUAUUACACUAAGGUUGCAUCUUAACAAACGUCAUAAAUCCGUCAAACUCCAUACAAAAAGCACUGAUAAUGUAUAGUUAUUAUAGUUACGUUUAAACUUUAAUUGGUGUAACUCAGCCUAUGGCUUGAUUUCCUCUUAGGAUGACAUCAGUGACCGAACGUCAGCGGUGCUUACGAAUAUACACUAGUUUUACUGUAGUAGUGUGUAGUGAGACUUAAGAUGACACAGUGUUUAGUUUGAAGUGCUGUCUUCUGUACUCUAGAAAGUUUUAUAAGUUGGCUAUGGAUGACUCGAAAUCAUUCCAUAAUUAAGACUUUGUGUAAUUUUGAUAAAUUAAUAUAAACAUAUCUGAGAACGAGUUAUAUUUUCUUAUCCCUUCUACAAGACUAAAUUAUCAUCCAAAUAAAUUACUCUUUCUUGUAUCGUAUUUUAACUGUCGAUCUUUAAAAUUUUUGUAGCGCAAAUUGUGUCGUAUUGCCUAUAAUAAUA